AUGCAUUUCUCAUCCCUCAUACCCAUCCUCCUCGUACUUCCCUACACAACCCAAGCACUCAUCUACUGGCUCCACUCCAGUUGUUACCCAGGCAAACCACUCCAAGCACCCAACAAUAUCAAUACCAACACCAACGGAAUCCAGCGCUGGGAAACACUCUUCGACGAACUCCGAGCCGUAGGAAAAAGUGCCGGGAACCGCUUGGCGAAUUCAAAUCACGAUCCGGAUUUUACUAAGACGUUCAAUGUUCUCUUUCGUCAAGAUAAUCCGUUGACGAAUACCCCGAUACUUAAAGGUGGACAGGCGGCAGUAGAGUUGGAGAAAUUCUUUUUGGCGUUGGAAGGGAUGAGGCAUGAAGCGGAUCAGGUUAAUGCGGAUCUUAGGUUUUAUUGUGACAACGAUGAACGAUGGGUGCAGAAAGUAGGGGAUGGCGAAACGGGAUGGAAAGAUACGGAAAAUCAUCUGUCGACGGAAACACGCUGGUGCAAAGAGUCAAAUGGUGUUGAUGCCAUUACGUAUAUCGAUUAUCCGGGACAAAACAGGCCACCUGUACCACCCGGUACACCGACUCCAAAUCAUAACGCGAAUCGUGCUGCUAUCACUAUCUGCAACCACGCAUUCGAUAAAGUCGACGUACAUAGUGAUCCCCGAUCCAACAUAAAAGCUCGAUAA